AGUCGCCAUUGUUUCCAUCAAGCUUCCUUCCUUCCUCUCUUUCUUAUUCGUGCUUUCAUACGACAGUAACAAUGGUGAAAUCGUGUGUUCUGUUUGGUUUUGGGUUAGCUUUAGUUCUGAGUUUGAGCUUUGGGGGAAUCAAUGGAGCACCCCAAGUUCCAUGUUACUUUGUAUUUGGGGAUUCAUUGGUUGAUAAUGGGAAUAACAAUCGAUUAUCAUCACUUGCUAAAGCUAAUUACAUGCCUUAUGGAAUCGAUUUCCCUAAUGGACCAACUGGAAGAUUCUCCAAUGGUAAAACCACCGUAGAUGUCAUUGCUGAACUUUUGGGGUUCGAAAACUACAUUCCUCCAUACUCAAAUGCUAGAGGUAGACAAAUCCUCGAAGGAGUUAACUACGCGUCGGCAGCUGCCGGAAUCCGAGAAGAAACUGGACAACAGCUGGGAGCACGGAUCAGUUUCAGUGGACAAGUUAGAAACUACAGGCAAACUGUUGGACAAGUGGUGAACUUGCUUGGGAGUGAAGCAAACGCAGCAGAUUACUUGAGCAAAUGUAUUUACUCCAUUGGACUUGGCAGCAAUGACUACCUCAACAACUAUUUCAUGCCCCUUUUCUACUCCACCAGUAGGCGAUAUAACCCCGAACAAUACGCUGAUGUUCUUAUCCAACAAUAUACUCAGCAGCUUCAGGCAUUGUACAACUAUGGGGCAAGGAAGUUUGUUUUGAUCGGAUUAGGUCAGAUCGGGUGCAGCCCUAACGAAUUGGCUCAAAACAGCAGAGAUGGUACAACUUGUGUGGAGAGAAUCAAUGCUGCCAAUAGGAUAUUCAACAACAAGCUCAAAGCUCUUGUUGAUCAAUUCAAUAACAAUGAUUCAGACGCAAAGUUCAUCUACGUUGAUGUUUAUGGGAUUUUCCAAGACAUUACAAGCAAUCCUUUGGCUUUCGGGUUUAGGGUUACAAAUGCAGGAUGUUGUGGUGUUGGAAGGAACAAUGGACAAAUCACUUGCUUGCCUUUACAAAGGCCAUGUAGAAAUAGGAAUGAGUAUUUGUUUUGGGAUGCUUUUCAUCCAACUGAGGCUGCAAAUUUGAUCAUUGGAAGGAGGUCAUACAGUGGUCAGUCGCCGUCCGAUGCAUAUCCAAUCGAUAUUCGUCGUCUUGCUCAGCUUUGACGACGGCGAUGAAGUGAAGGUGGCUUUGAUGAUAAAUAAUUAGAUUAUUC